GGGAGAAGCUUAUAUAUUAAGAAACGUCACCAACGCGGGUUCAUUUCCCUCGGUUCUUACUAGAAUGUCUGGAAAGUUCUAUGCCCUGAGCGCUUGUCAGAUCAGAUGCAGAGCAGCGAGGCAACGUGGACUUGAAGUGAUCUAAUCAGAAGCUUAUUUUCUACAUGGAUACGCAAGUGUGAUUGGUGCACAACAAUAGUGGAGUCUCAUAACAGCCAGCGGGAUAGUCCAACGUGUAUUCUAUGUAAAAUAACAUUCACAAAUAGCUAGUUAGCUAAGUAAGGCUAACGAAGAGGAGAGCGUUAGCAGUCGUUAACUAGUUAGCUAGCAAACGUUAAAGUUAGUUAGGUUGUUGCCUGCUGCACUUGAUAGUUUGAGAAGUAAUUAGCUUUAGCCUCCACAUCUGUUAGCCAGCGUUAGUAAGUUAAGAUCUGAAUUGUGGUGCAGGUCAGAGUAGGUGGAGGAAAUCUGUUUCAUGACAAUGACUGCUGAGGAACAGGCCAGUGAAGGACAAAAUACCAUCCGAAUGGAGGGAGAGGACGUCACACCGAAGAAAGACGGGGGUGUUUUAAAGCUGGUGAAAAGGGAAGGCACAGGCACAGAGCUGCCUAUGUUGGGUGACAAGGUGUUUGUACACUAUGUGGGCACACUUGUGGAUGGUACUCAAUUUGACUCGAGCAGAGGCAAAGAAGAUAAGUUUUCCUUUGAGCUGGGCAAAGGUCAAGUAAUAAUGGCAUGGGACAUUGGUGUAGCCACAAUGAAAGUGGGGGAGGUGUGUCAGCUCAUCUGUAAACCAGAGUACGCUUAUGGAUCUGCAGGCAGCCCUCCUAAAAUACCCCCUAAUGCCACUCUUGUUUUUGAGGUGGAACUGUUUGAAUUUCGAGGUGACGACAUAACUGAAGAUGAAGAUGGGGGAAUCAUUCGUCGUAUGCUAACUAAGGGCCAGGGAUAUUCUAAGCCUAAUGAAGGAGCUGUUGUUGAAGUAACUGUGGAAGGCACCUAUGAGGAACGCAUGUUUGAUGACAGAGAACUGAAGUUUGAGAUUGGUGAUGGAGGGAGUCUUGGCUUGCCAGCUGGAGUGGAGAAAGCUAUCAUGGCUAUGGAGCAUGGAGAGGAGGCACUCUUCACUAUUAAGCCUAGAUAUGGCUUUGGGAAUGUGGGAAAUGCAAAGUAUAACAUUCCCGGUGGAGCAACACUGCAAUACAAGAUCAAGCUGAAAGCUUUUGAGAAGGCUAAGGAAUCAUGGGAGAUGAACACAGCAGAGAAGCUGGAACAAAGCAUCAUUGUCAAAGAGAAGGGGACACAGUAUUUUAAGGAGGGAAAAUACAAGCAAGCAUCACUUCAGUACAAAAGGAUUGUGUUGUGGCUGGAACAUGAAUCUGGUUUGUCAGAGGAGGAUGACAAGAAAGCCAAAGCAUUGCAGCUAGCUGCACAUCUGAACUUGGCCAUGUGCUUCCUUAAACUACAGGAGCCAAACCUAGCCCUGGAAAAUUGUAACAAGGCUCUGGAGUUGGAUGCAUCCAGUGAGAAGGCUUUGUUCCGAAGGGGAGAGGCGCUCUUUGCUAUUAAGGAGUUUGACAUGGCAAGAGACGACUUUCAGCGAGUUGUUCAGCUAUAUCCUGCCAACAAGGCUGCCAAGAGCCAGGUGGUUCUUUGUCAGAAACGUGUGAAGGAGCAACACGAGAAGGACAAACGCAUCUACGCCAACAUGUUCCAGAAAUUUGCAGAAAGGGAUUCAAAGAAGGAAGCAGAGAAGGGGAAGAGUGAGAGCAAGGAGGGCAGCGAUGAUGAGAUGGAGGUUGAGAAACGAGAAAAGGAAGAUGCGAGUGAAGCAAAAGCAUAGAUGAAGACCUGACUGCACCACGGUUCAUCUGGACUUAAGACUUUUGUAUCUUCAGCUAUUGUGUUUAAAGUGUGAGUCUGUGUGUAUCUAUGAAAUGUGUGUAUGAGAAUGAGUGUGUGAGUCAGAGCAUUGACUUUGGGUGCAUCUUCGCUGGCUUUCUUUGUGUCUGGGCUUUUUGCUGUGGCAGCUAGCCGAGCGGAUGUGGCUUCUCCAGCGGAUGGCACUGAGAGACAUGGAUAUAAUAAAUGAAUUGUGUGCCACCACCCCACUUCCUUGAACUCUUUCAACCCACAGCUUUGGGCUGUACAUUUGUUUUUAAUGUUUUGGAUAGUAAAAAAAAAAAAAAGGUGCAUCCCAAGUGUUAUGAGCAGAAUUUCAAACCCUCACCCAUAAAGGGCUAGACCAUUCCCGUUGCACUACCCAGUCUUCUUUACCCUUCCUCACACGUUUACAAUCUAUCCAACCCUCAUCUCAUGGACCUACUGGUCAGUUCCUGGAAGUGUGGUGGUUGUGUGCAUAGAUAUGUUUCUGAAUGUUCGGAGUGCCUGUUUCCCACAGUACGCAUGUAGCAGCACUGUGGAUAGCUGGGAUAAUGAGAUGUUCGCCUUGAGUAGCUGUCAGACUUCAAGCUUCUCUCUCAGUCUAAAGCUGGAUCUCCCUUAUAGCCCCCAGGGUACAGGACUGUUCAUCUUUGCUUUGGAAUUAUUGGCUUUUACUUAUUUUUUUUUCCUAGUGUUGUGCUUGUGAAUUCUAUAUGGUUCUCAAAAUGACUACAACCAAUUACCUAACUGGAAUAUGUGUAUUUUAAAGCAGCUACAGUAGAAAGGAUAUUAAUGAGCUUCUCUUGGACACACUCAAGUAAUAAACAUUUAAGUCUUAGUCUUCAUUUGCUGUAAAAUGUAUAUUAUGAACAUGCGUAUGUGAGUAAUCAGAUUUAAGCUGUUAACCACUGUACUGGAGAGGAAGACCUGAGCCCUGUUUAAGCACCUGUAGAAGAGCGAACUAAACUAGGGAACUCGUCAAAAAAGAGCUUUGGCUUGUGUGUUGAAUUUAUCUUUGUUGAAAGGGUCGCUGUUUGGUCUGCCCUGACAGAAGGAAGUAAUAAACAAUAGCUACAACUUGA